CGACACGAGACCGUCUGUUUUUUGAUCGACCAAAAACCGCAACGUCGGUGUCGGUUGGCAGUCACCGGCAAAUUAGAGAAGGUUGCGGUUAUCGGUGAAAACCGAAACCGCGGCGGUUAAACCGCGACAACCGCGUGCCCUACCAUCCCAGACUCUCUGGAGUCCCUGCUGCAGUCUUCGGCCCAUCGUCACUCGCCACCGCCGUUCUCGGCUUCCAUGCUGCCUCCCUCAUCCUCCUUCUCGCAGUCCCAGACUCACAGUAAUCGUCAACAUCGCCAUUCUCCCAUGGCUAGUCAUCUCGCCGUCGUCGCCCUGCAGCCCCGCCAUCGCCCGGUAGUCGACGCCCGGCAGUUCCAACUUCACCCAGCAAGGCCGAUGUCACCCAGCCAUCCCGACACCGCCCAGCAAGGCCGACGUCGCCAGCAGAUCCAAAAAUCUGGCCAGAUUCGCCAUCUGCGUCGGUCUUCUGCUAACCGCGACACCGACCUAGAACCAUCGACGGCGGUUUUCGGCUAACCGACAAGGUCGUCGGUGUCGGUUGCGGUUGGCAUUUUUGGACGUUAGUCGGCUGCGGUUAACCGCGUUUGCGGUUCGGUUAAAACCGAAACCGCACCGCUAACAACCCCACUAAAAUCUACACCCUUCA